UUACGAACACCAAUCGCUCAUCAUGUCUGGACGUGGAAAGGGAGGCAAAGCCAAGACCGGAGGAAAGGCCAAGUCACGCUCAUCAAGAGCUGGACUUCAAUUCCCAGUCGGUCGUCUUCACCGUAUUCUUCGCAAAGGAAACUAUGCUCAACGUGUUGGAGCCGGAGCCCCAGUCUACUUGGCCGCUGUUCUUGAAUAUCUCGCUGCUGAGGUUCUCGAGUUGGCCGGUAACGCUGCCCGUGACAACAAGAAGACCCGUAUCGCCCCAAGACAUCUUCAACUCGCUGUCCGCAACGACGAGGAGCUCAACAAGCUUUUGGCCGGAGUGACCAUCGCCCAAGGAGGAGUUCUUCCAAACAUCCAAGCCGUUCUUCUCCCAAAGAAGACUGGAGGAGAUAAGGAAUUGUAUAUCAUGGACUUGACUUCGAAAAUGUUAAUCCGACUGUCGAAUCUCCCGAAGCAGUGAAAAGCAUCGACUUUGUGGAGCACAUAUCGUUGAUUCCCUCUUGAUGUGCUUUCGAAUACUGAAAAAAGAAAAUGAUCAAACAAAGUAUUUAUUUUGUUAUUUGAACAACGAACCUCUUCAACAAGUUUCAUACGACUAGAUGAACCAACAUCCCAAAAACGAAUUGUUCCAUCUUUACAAGCUGAUACAAGAAGUUCUUUUCCUUUUG